GGUUGUAUUGCUGUUUAGCCCAAUCGACCAAUGAAGGAAUUUGAGGCAUUGACUCGAUAAAUUCGUUCAGUUGAGUCUAGUGGGUCUUCGCGUCUUGUGCUUGUGUCAGGAAUACUGAAUCGAUGUCACAGUUAAAUUGUUUAUUGGAAACUUUUUCGUGGUGAACAAGUGUGAUAAUGAACAGCCCAGCACUACAAAGUCCAUCAGAGGAGCUGAAAGGAAUUAGAUGGCCUGUUUUUCUCGUCGUGUCGUCCAACGACGGAUCGUCUCUUCCAAUAAGUGCCUACAAGAAACCCUUUUCUAAGCGAGAUCCAGCGCAAGUAGAACGGACGAAUCUGGUCAAUUUGUGUAAACUCAUCGUCAAAGAACUCAUCGACUCAUCGGUUCAGUAUGGGCGAAUGCUUGACUCGGAUUUCGUCCCCCUACAGCACUUUUUCAUCGUUUUAGAACAUGCCCUUCGACAUGGACUGCGACCCAAAAAGGGAAUCCUCGGACCAAAAAAAGAACUAUGGGACCUUCUUCAAACCGUCGAGAAAUCUGCUAACGAAGCUUGCGACAUAACUGCAAGCGUAAGAGAUCUACCAACAGUCAGAACAAGUUUGGGUCGUGCUAGAGCGUGGAUUCGUCUCGCUCUGAUGCAGAAAAAGCUGGCCGACUACUUAAAAGUCUUGAUUGACCAGAGGGAUGGUGUUUUACAUGAAUAUUACGAACCUGGAGCUUUGUUACUCUGUGAUGAAGCUGUCAUUGUGCUAGGACUUUUGCUAGGUCUCAAUGUUGUCGAUUGCAAUCUCUGCUUAAAGGAAGAAGAUCUUGAUAGUCAACAAGGUGUAAUUGAUUUUUCCUUAUAUUUGAGGACUGGUAGCAAUAAUACGAUGAAUGCUACUACCGACACCGUCGAUUCUUCAAGUAUGACAGCCGUGCUAGAUCAGAAAAAUUACGUGGAGGAACUUAACAGACACCUAUCGGCAACUAUCACUAAUUUGCAGACCCGAUUGGACGCGACAACAACGAGUAACACGCUCAUGAAAGAAGAACUUACACUGGCCAAACUGGCUCUGGCGAAGGCACAAGAGGAAAAUACGCUUCUCAAAGGAUAUGUCCGAAAUGAAAGAAGCGAUUCAGGUUCUCAGGAAAUGGAACCGGUCAACGCGACGAAUAAUCGUUCUAGCACCUAUAUGGCGGCCGAAGAUGCUAUCGCCGAGGUAAAGCUUCAGUUGGCUGAAGAGAAGAAUAAUCGUUUGGAUUUGGAAAAAGAAUUGGAGCUUCAGAUGAACAUGCGAGCCGAAACAGAGGUUGCUCUUAAGUUGCUAGAAAAAGACAUCCACGAAAAGCAGGAUACGAUCGUCUCGUUGCGCAAACAACUGGAGGACAUCAAAGUCAUCAACUUGGAAAUGUUCCGCAAAUUACAGGAUCAAGAGAAAACGGCCAAUAUCAAGAACGAAUAUGUGGCUAAAUUAGAAGCGGAAAUCGGUGAAAAUAAGAAAAAUCUACGACUGACACAAGAACAGAUGGACGAAUUGAAAUUGGCAGCGAAACGGACUGAGGAUAACGUACGUCGCUCCAUGGAAGAAAACAUGGAGUUACAGUCACAUUGUCGAACCUUAGAAGAAGAUCUACGACUUGAAAAAGAAUGGCGCUCAUCGCUGCAAGAGUCGAUCGUGACCGAUCGCACUACCAUGGCCGAGUUGCAACAAAAACUCGAGGAAUCUCAUGAAAUCCGAAUUGAUUACGCCGAUUUGGAAGGUAAACAUCAACGACUGCUGAAACUCUGCAAUGAUCAGGAAAAAGCUUUAGAAGAAGUUGGCGUUCGAUUGCGUGAUACUAAACUGGAGGCAGACACAUUAAAAGAAGCCACCGUUUGGGUUCCCAGGGAUGCGCAAUGGGCACCCGAUGAACAGGUGACUCACUGCGGACUUUGCAACAAGGAAUUUAAUCUCGCUCGCCGUAAACAUCAUUGUCGUUCGUGUGGGGAGAUUUUCUGCGCCGCUUGUUCUGAUCAACAAGCGCAAUUGGCGUCUUCCGCCAAACCUGUCCGUGUUUGUGACACGUGCCACACUCGCUUACUUCAACGUUAUUCUGCGGCCUCUUAAAAAAACGUUUUAUCUUUACUUUUAAACUUCCUUCCACUGAUGAAAUGUUAUUCGAUUUGAAAUGUCUAUUGUGCCUCUAAUGCUCGGGUUCAAAAACAAAAGAGUUUUAAGAUUUAUUUUGGGUUGUAUUGAAAGUUUUCAAUCGUUAAAAGAUUUGAAUGGCGUUCAAAAUACAUAAAAUAUGCUCGAA